AGACCGCUGGACAAGUUUCCCUCCUCCUCCGAAUCUUCUGUUUCCUCCACCACCGCCGCCAUCGCUGCCGCGCGUGCCCAGAAGCAUGAUCUUGAUCUGCUCGCCACCCACCGUCGCGAACUCAUGUCUUUCUUCAUCAAGGGCGAUCGCUCAGCCAACCACCUGAAUCCAGUCACCGCUUGCGAAUUCCUUCUGCUAACUCUGAGACAAAAGAAGGCUGUGUACUGA